AUGCCUCCAAAGAAGGUUGCAAGUACGGUGAAAAAAGGAGCGGAGAAGGUGGUGGAGAAACCUACAGGGAAGAAAAAACCAGCGGUUGUUGAAAGUCCGACAGCAAACUCGGGCGGAAAGAAGAAGGUGGAUGGGACGGCUCGGUCCAGUUCGGCUCAGACAGGAGCAGCGGGUUCUCAAACAAGCGAAGCGGGUUCACAGACGUGUGCGUUGCUGGAAGAAGGAGAGGGAUCUCAGUCAUGCGUGACGGCGAUUACGGCGGUACCGGAACAAGCCCCGGUGGAAGAAGGGAAGUUUGUGUUCCUGGAGGUGUGCGACUACGAGAAGCCCUUUCCGAAGCAUGCGCUGGAGCUGGGAAAAGCUUUGCACGCCGCGGGAUUUAUCAGGAGCAAGGAGCUGACGAAGGUUGGAAGGUUCCGGUACAAGGUCGAGCUGCACGAAGCCAAAGACCGGCUGGACCUGUCAAGAAUCAACCUGUCCUCCCUCAAUCUGAAACUUUUCACACCAACAGCAAAGAAGCAGAUGAUAUGUUUCAUCCGAGGAGUUCCGUUGGAUUUCUCCGAAGACGAAAUCCAGGAGAUUCAGUGUGAGGCACAGGUUGUCAAGGUCGAACGCAUCAAGCGUAGAGGAGAGGGGGAAGAGCUGGUGGACACACCCAACCUCAAGGUAACGGUGCAAGGAACCGCCGUACCGAGAAUGGUCCGAAUCUUCGGAGUCAGUUUCAGAGCGGAGCAGUAUAUUUUUCCCGUCAAGCAAUGCAGAACAUGCUGGAGGUUCGGGCAUUCGAGCAAAGUGUGUUUCGGGAAUCCCAGAUGUCAAGCUUGCGGCAGGGUUCAUGUCACGGCCGGAGAAUGCAAGGAGAAGGUCUGCUGCAGAAACUGUCGGGGUAACCAUGAAGCCUCGGAUAAGAACUGUCCGGAACGCAAACGACGAGCAGACAUCUUCAGGACAAUGGCGAAGAAAAACGUUCCGUACGCAGAAGCGGAGAAGGAUCAUCCCAAAGAGUCCAACAGAUUUGGUCUGCUGGAGGAGGAUGAUGGCACAGGAGAGGGAACUUCCGGUUCUGGUUUCAGCUACGCGAAAGUGGCAAGGCAACGGCGGGCAGACAGGAGAAAUAGUGCUGAAACGGGUGCGUCGGAGGAGGAGUGGGUGCCAAACCAACGGGAGAGGAAUCGCAUGCCUGCAGAUUCGGCGACCGCGAUGGGCUCGCAAUUCGAAGGAAAUACCUACAGGGCUACGGACUUCGAGGCGUUCAUGGCACAAAUGCGGAUCCUCUUUCGUAACCAGCUACAAAGUUUCGGGUGGCUGGGCCCAAUCAAGAACCUUCGGAACAAACUUGUAGAUCGCCUGAAGCAGGACCGGACGGACAUCGAAACAGAUCAAAUUCUGAUUGGAGUACGGAAAGAAGGGUGGGGCGGUGUAGGAGUGCUGCUCAAAAGCGAAGCGGAGUACAAACAGCUAGAAUUCGCCGAGUACACCCACGUGGAGGUCGUGGGCGUGGAGGUUUUGUCUUACGGGGAUCCUGUCAAGCUGGUCUCCAUCUAUGUCCCUCCGGGAAGGCUCCCGGUUCAGCAGGUAAGAACAGAGCUGACGGACCUCUUCGGGGAACUAAACCAGCUCACAGGAAAAGUUGUAAUCGGUGGAGACUUCAACGCACAUCACCCGGAAUGGAGUCCGCUUUCCAAGUCCUGUCCCAGAGGUGCCCAUUUGAGUGAGCUGAUCGCGGACUCCAAGUUCUGUCUGAUGAACAAAGGAGAAUCAACGACCAUCGCCCUACCUGAUGAACGAGACUCGGCCAUUGACCUGACCUUGGUAUCUGCGAACCUAGCUCCGAAGGUCAGCUGGAGAGUUCAGGACGAAGAAUUUGGAAGCAAACACCUGGCGAUCUGGAUAGACAUCAAUUCAGCGAUACCUGUAGCGGAAAUCACAACAAAAAGGAUCAGCGAGGAAAGGUUUUUAGAGUUCUUCAGAGGAAUCACGCCGCAGUACAUCUACGACCCCAAGAAAUGCAAGAUGAACAAGAAAGCGAACUUCCUUAAGCCGUGGUGGACGGAAGAAAUUGACAAGCUGUACGAAAGGAAGAAGGCCGCGCUCAAAAUAUACAACCAGGUCAAGUCUAGGUCGAACUACAUUCUCCUCCAAAAGGAACGGGCCAUCUUCAAGGGACAUGCCAGACGGGCGAAGAGGGAGUAUAAUCUGGAACUGUCCGAGAAGAUCGACGAAGGGACUCCGGCGAGGCAGCUCUGGAACAUUGUUCGGGGCAUAGACACCGCCCUAACUGAUAACUGCCGCAAGCGGACAUCCAUCUCACUGGAGAAAGGUAAACAGUUCAUGAGCUACUACUACGACAACAAACUCCAGGAGGUCCCUCUCCCGAUCGCGAUCGCGGAUCCAGAAAUGGAACUCUUCGAUGCCCCGCUUUCGGUCGAUGAACUGCUCGAAAACCUACACAAGAAAAAAUCGUAUUCCGCACCUGGUGUUAACCGGAUCUCGUACAAACUGCUGCAAAAAAUGGACUUCAACUUCCAAGUGAAAAUCUGUGAGAUGCUGUCCAAGGUAUACCAGGCGAAGGUGUUGCCCGACACAUGGAGGCUGACGGAAGUCAGACCGAUUCCGAAGAAGGGUGCGGAUCCGGACAGGCCAAACUCCAGAAGACCGAUAGCGCUGAUGAACGUGGAGCUCAAGCUGAUCAACGCCGUAGUGAAGGAUCGUCUCAACCAAAUUGCUGAGGCCAAGAAGAUCAUCCCGGAUCGCUCUUUCGGAUUCAGGAAACGGAUGUCAUCUACUACAUGCGUCAACUACGUGGUGAACGCGAUCAAAGAGGUGCAGGAUAGCGGGCGGGAGGUGAUGGUUGCAUUCUUGGACGUAAGCAUGGCCUAUGACUCUGUAAGAACCGAUCUGCUGCUGGAGACGCUAGCCCGCUAUAAAGUCCCGCAGCAGAUUCUGACGUGGCUACACGAGUAUCUACGGAAAAGGACCAUCACACUCAACACGACUGAGGGGGAAAUCACGGUAGAGGUUAGUGAAGGGCUGCCCCAAGGAUGUCCAGCAGCGCCAACUUGUUUCAACUACUAUACGGCACCGCUUCACGAACUCUCCAACGAGCGAUGUGAACUGGUUCAGUACGCGGAUGACUUUGCGGUGAUCGCCUCCGGUCGUUCCGUGGAAGAAGCCGCAGAAAAUCUCGCGUCCUUUCUCAACGUGCUGGUCGACAAACUUGGUGAGCUGAAUCUACGAGUGAGUAGCCAGAAAUCAGCGGUAAUCCCAUUUACUAGGAAAAGAGUGGACCACAUCAAGAUCAAAGUAAAAGGGAACUUGAUUGAGAUGGUCAACACUCACAUGUACUUAGGGUACACGCUGGAUCGAGUGCUGAGCCACAGAAAGCACAUCAUGAACGUGAGGCACAAAGCGAGUGAGAAGCUCGGUCUAGUCAAGAUGCUGGCCAGGAAGUCUGGACGUGCACAUCCAGCCACGAUCAUCAAAAUUGGGAAUGCUAUUAUCCGUAGCAGGAUGGAAUACGGAUGUACAAUAUACGGAAACGCCGCCAAGACGAACCUCUCGAAGCUCCAAACACUACAAAACUCCUACAUCCGGAUUGCCAUGAACUAUCUACGCAGCACACCAAUCCAGAUCAUCUUGGCAGACAGCGGGCAAAUCCCUAUGUGUCUGAGGUUUGAGGCGCUGGCAAAGAGGGAGCUCGUACGCAGUGUGUACUUUAGAACACCGUUGUUGAAGUUCAUAAGCAGCUCGCUGGACAAGGAAAUCCCGAACGGCUCAUACAUCACCGAGAUCGCGGACAAGCAUGCGGACCUGGUGUACUUGGUGCACCCCUCGGACAAGAACCGAGCGCGGGAAAUGUACCUAUCUGCAGGUGUUGAGUUUGAGCACAUCGUCAGACCGGAACUGGGAGGGAAAAGCGAUAAGAAGGAAAAGAUCAAUCCUGCGGUUUGGAGAGCAGUUUGUGCAGAGGAGUUGAACAACCGAUACAAAUAUUUCGUAAAAAUAUACACGGACGCUUCAAAAACAUCGACGGGGACAGCAAUAGCAGUUUACGACCAACAAGAUGAAGAGAUCCUAGCAGAAAAGAUUAACGACAACUCGUGCAUCUCCAACGCGGAACUUCUGGGGCUUCUCAAGGCCUUGGAAAUGAUUAAGAGAAAGAAGUACAAGAAAGCGGUGAUCCUCACCGACAGCCGAAGUGCCUGCCUGCUUCUGCUGAACAAGAAGAACCUCGAGGAGAAUUACGUGGCCUGGGAAAUCUACAAAGAACUCAAAAGUGCAGCAGGACAAAACAUUAAAAUCCAAUGGAUUCCAAGUCACUGCGGCAUACCUGGAAACGAAACAGCUGACUUGGCAGCAAAACAAAAAACGGUAGGCCCACAAACAUUCCCAACCGGGAUCACACUUGGAGACUGUAUCAUCCUGAGCAAAAAGGAAAUCUGGUGCGAAUGGACAGCGAAGUACAAAGAAGAGUCAAAAGAAAAGGGAAAAUGGCACUACGUAUUCCAGAAGAACCCUGGACGUCAAAUUUGGACCAGCAACCUGAACCUAAACCCGGAACAAAUAAGGAUCCUCAACCGAGUCAGGAGCGGCCACACACUCACCAAGGAAAGAAGGAAGCUGUGGGCUCUGGAAGAAGACGAACUCUGCGAAUUCUGCGAGGAAGUAGAAAAUCUGAAGCAUGUGCUGUACGAUUGCCCCAAGUACAACAACAUAAGAUCAAAAUACAACGCGCUGGAAUACAUGAAACCACUUGCACAAAUCUUCGAAGAAGACUGUGAGCAAAGCAUGAAAGAAGUAGUGAGAUUCAUCAAAGAAGCCAACAUCCAAGUCUGA